ACUUAAGAAAAAAAUCCUGAUUGAGGUUAACAUAAUUCAUGCAAGAAAGGGUUAACGUUCCCCUUUCUUGCAAGACACAGUGAUGAGAUUUAAUAAACUUCAAUAAAGCAGGAAAGUAGCAGACAUCUCUGAGGUGAUGUAGAACAAACUACAGAAGUGAGAAUUUGGAAAGUUAAUAACAAUCAGUGUGGGGUCAGUGGGGUAGAUCAGAGAGUGUGGAGAGGUGGAGGUGUGCUCCAGAGAGAAAAGGAAUGUCAGUAGAUAUGGAGACAGAAACUAUUAUAAAGAAGGGACGAGUCCAAGUUCAGAUUUUCAGAAAGAUUAGAGAUGAGUAGAGACAGUUUGGACAUGUGCAGAGCAGAGACAGAGGAUGUGAAUAUGUAGCUGCCAGGCAGGAGGAGAAGAGGAGCUCAUCAUCAUUUAAAAACACAACACGUCUUCCACCUGUGCUCUUAAAGCACUUUAACUCUGUGGUUUAUAGCAUCAGUUAACAAGCGGAAGCCUGACUGUAGCUCUAUGUCAUCAACUUCUUCUCUCACAGCCUGUUAAAUUUCAAGUUCUUUUACUGAUUAGUACUGAUUUGCAUGCAAUGCGGCACAGUAGCCCCAAGCUUUAGGUGAUGAGAUGGGAACAAAGUAAAUGUGGGGCAGAGAUUACAAUGGUGAAGUUAAUAAUGUUACUAAUUCUCCUCCUUCAACAAAUAAUUCAAUAUUCAUAAAGUUUGAUACAGUUUGUAUUGUUCUGAGUCUUCUCAUUUUUCUGCAUUCACUUCUUUCACAGCAAUAUCUGCUAAACAUUUACCUAACUUAAAACUGAGUGUGUGUGUGUCUGUGUGUGUGUUGUGUUUAAGCAAAAAGACACAGAGUAGCUUGGACUCUGCUGUAACAGAACCUGGACCUGAAUCAAGCUGCGAGUCCGCGAAAAGUGAACAGACGAAAGACAGAUGCAGCAAAUUUCAGAGCUGGCCUUUGUCUAAAAACUAUGGAUGUUUUAUGCUGAAUUUUUCAGUGGAGUGAGUUACACCUGUGUACUUCUAACAGUGUCCUUCAGGAAAGUCCAGACUCUCUUGUACCCAGCUGUGCGUCCAUAAAGACUUUGGGGUCAAUUGAAAGUCACAUAUCUUUCCAAGAUGGACCCCAGUCUGUUGAUAACAGUGUUGACCAGCAAGUCCUGCACCAUCAAACACAUCUGGACUACGUAUUUAUGGUGAGUGGAAGUCCAAAACCCCAGUUCCAAACCGUGACUUCCCUCCCUGACAAUAGACGCACUCCGCUCCCAACUCCUGGUGGCACACAAACAAACACAGCUCAGCAGAAUAAUCCACUAUAGCAAGGUCUUUAACACACAUUAGUCAACGGCUGUACUUAAUGGGUUUGACGUUUAAGAAUCCCACGCCGACUGGAGCUCAGCCACCCUCUUAAAUUCAGUGCUCCUGACAACAGUAAUCAGCUGGCCACGGAUAACGAGCAGCAGGUGUGGCUGCCUCCUGCACAGGAAUACUUCCGGGGUCGCAAUCCCUCCAGCAACCCAAAAAACCCUGGAGCGCGGACGUAAAUAACAUAAACAUGAACACACACACAAACACACACAGACAGAGUAACAGGAGAGAGAUAACAGAACACCACAAAUACAUGAGCCUUGGGCCCAUAGACCCAGGCCAUGACAACUGGGUUACAUUGUUUAGUUAUGCUUAUAAAUAAUUUAUUUGAUUUUAUUUUUAUUAUAACUUCAGCAGUUCAUUGUGGUGGUAGCACUGUUGCCUCACAGCAAGAAGGUCCUGAGGUCAAUUCCACCAUCUGGCCAGCGGCUUUCUGUGUGAAGUUUUCCCUGUGUUUGUCUCUGGGUGCUCUGGCUUUCUCCCACAGUUCAAAGACAUGCAGUUGUUGGGGUUAGGUUAAUUUGAUUCUAAAUUUCCAAUAGGUGUGAAUGUUAUCUGUCUCUCUGAGUUAGCCCUGGAUCAAGGUGCACACUGCCUCUCACCUCAUGGAAUCAGGUCCAGCUCCUCUGUGACUCAGAUAAGCGGAAGAGGGAGGAUGAAUGGAGGCAAUGAAUAAAUUCUGGCACAUUAACUGUAGUCUAUUAUUACAAAGGUGUACAUUUCUCCUCAGUUUCAACUGAAGUUAAACAACAUUUUUCUGGGUUCCAGAUGUUGGAGGAAAACAUUUUCAGUUUUGUGAAGAAUGAGCUGAAAAAGAUCCAGAACAUUCUGAGUCCAGGUUACCCCCAAAAUGCAGAGAAUCUGAGGGAAGAUGAGGGGGUGUUGGAAUCUGAUGAGGAGGAGAGGAAGAGUACCAGAGAGUCAUUUCUGAGAAUUACAGUGGAUUUCCUGAAGCAAAUGAAGCAGCAAGAGUUGGCUGACCGUCUGCAGCGCAGAACCCAUGCUGCAGAGUGCCAGCGUCAAGUUAAGACUAAACUAAAGAACAGGUUCCAGUGUGUUUUUGAGGGAAUUGCUAAAGCAGGAAAUGCAACUCUUCUGAAUCAGAUCUACACAGAGCUCUACAUCACAGAGGGAGGGACUGCACAGGUCAAUGAUGAACAUGAGGUCAGACAGAUCGAAACAGCAUCCAGGAAAUCAGACAGACAAGAAACAACAAUCAGACAAGAAGACAUCUUUAAAGCAUCACCUGUUAAAGAUAAGCCAAUCAGAACAGUGCUGACAAGUGGAGUGGCUGGCAUUGGGAAAACAGUCCUAACACAGAAGUUCACUCUGGACUGGGCUGAAGACAAAUCCAACCAGGACAUCCAGUUCAUGUUUCCAUUCACUUUCAGAGAGCUGAAUGUGCUGAAAGAGAAAAAGUUCAGCUUGGUGGAACUUGUUCAUCACUUCUUUCCUGAAACCAAAGAAGAAGAUAGAUGUACCUUUGAAGACUUCCAGGUUUUGUUCAUCUUUGAUGGUCUGGAUGAGUGUCGACUUCCUCUGGACUUCCACAACACUGAGACCCUGACUGAUGUUACAGAGUCCAUCUCACUGGAUGUGCUGCUGAUAAACCUCAUCAGGAGGAACCUGCUUCCUUCUGCACGCAUCUGGAUAACCACAAGACCAGCAGCAGCCAGUCAGAUCCCUCCUGACUGUGUUGACAUGGUGACAGAGGUCAGAGGAUUCACUGACCCACAGAAGGAGGAGUACUUUAAGAAGAGAUUCAGAGAUGAAGAAAAAUCCAACAGGAUCAUCUCCCACAUCAAGACAUCUCGAAGCCUCCACAUCAUGUGCCACAUCCCAGUCUUCUGUUGGAUCACUGCUACAGUUCUGGAGGAUGUGCUAAAAACCAGAGAGGGAGGACAGCUACCCAAGACCCUGACUGAGAUGUACAUCCACUUCCUGGUGGUUCAGGCCAAAGUGAAUAAUGUGAAGUAUGAAGAAGGAGCCGAAAUAGAUCCACACUGGAAUAAAAAGAGUCGGAAGAUGAUCGUGUCUCUAGGGAAAAUGGCUUUUGAUCAACUGCAGAAAGGAAACCUGAUCUUCUAUGAAUCAGACCUGACAGAAUGUGGCAUCGAUAUCAGAGCAGCCUCAGUGUAUUCAGGAGUGUUCACACAGAUCUUUAAAGAGGAGAGAGGGCUGUACCAGGACAAGGUGUUCUGCUUCAUCCAUCUGAGUGUUCAGGAGUUUCUGGCUGCUCUUCAUGUCCAUCUGACCUUCAUCAACUCUGGAGUCAACCUGCUAAGAGAACAACAAACAACAUCUUUGCUGUCUAAAGUAAGACCCAAAUCUAAACUCAAACAUCUCCAUGAGAGUGCUGUGGACAAAGCCCUAAAGAGUCCAAAAGGUCACCUGGACUUGUUCCUGCGCUUCCUUCUGGGUCUUUCACUGCAAACAAAUCAGACUCUUUUACAGGGCCUACUGAGACAGACAGGAAGUAGCUCACAAACCAAUCAGGAAACAGCCCAAUACAUCAAGAAGAUCAGUGAGAAUCUGUCUGCAGAGAAAAGCAUUAAUCUGUUCCACUGUCUCAAUGAGCUGAAUGAUCAUUCUCUAGUGGAGGAGAUCCAAAAGUCCCUGAGUUCAGGACGUGUCUCCACAGAAAAAUUGUCUCCUUCUCAGUGGUCAGCUCUGGUCUUCAUCUUAUUGUCUUCUGAAAAAGAACUUGAAGUGUUUGAUCUGAAGAAAUACUCUGCUUCAGAGGAGGCUCUUGUAAAGCUCCUGCCAGUCAUCAAAGCUUCCAACAGAGCUCUGCUCAACAGUUGCAACCUUUCAGAGAUAAGCUGUGAAACUCUAUCCUCAGUUUUCAGCUCCCAGCCUUCUAGUCUCAGAGAGUUGGACCUGAGUAACAACAACCUGAAGGAUCCCGGAUUGAAGCUGUUAUCUCAUGGACUGCAGAGUCUAUACUGCAAACUAGAAACACUCCGUCUGUCAGGUUGUCUGGUAACAGAAAAGGGUUGUGCUCCUUUGGCCUUAGCUCUUCGCUCCAACUCAUCCCAUUUGAGAAAGCUUGAGCUAAGCAACAACAAUCUCAAAGAUUAUGGAGUACAGCAGCUAUCAACGGCACUUGAGAGUCCUCACUGUAAAAUUGAAUCUCUGAGCUUGUCAGGUUGCCAGGUCACAAAUGAAGGCUGUGCUUGUUUAGCUUCAGCUAUUAGCUCCAAUCAUUCUCAUCUACAAAAUCUGGACCUGAGCAACAACAAUCUGCUGGAUUUAGGAGUCAAGCUGCUUUCCACUGGACUAAAGAGUCCACACUGUAAAAUGGAAACUCUGAGUCUAUCAGGUUGUCUGGUCACAGACGAAGGGUUUGCUUCUCUGGCCACAGCUCUUAGUUCUAACCCAUCUCACCUGAGAGAACUGGAUCUGAGUUACAAUCAUCCAGGACACUUAGGAGUGGAACAGCUAUGGGCUGGAGUAAAGGAUUCACACUGGAGACUUGAUGUUCUCAGGGUGGAGCAUGGUGGAGCACACAGGUUGAAACCUGAUGUUAGGAAGUACUUCUUUGAACUUGAACUGGACACAAACUCAGUGAACAGGAAGCUCAAACUUGCUAACAACAACAGGAAGGUGAUAGUGGGAGCAGAACAAUCGUAUCCUGAUCAUCCAGAGAGAUUUGAUACCUGCUCUCAGCUGCUGUGUAGAAAUGCUCUAACUGGUCGCUGUUACUGGGAGGUCGAGUGGAGUGGGGGGGUCUUUAUAGCAGUAAGUUACAGAGGAAUCAGUAGAAAAGCAGAUAGGACCGACUGCAGGUUUGGCUGGAAUGAUCAGUCCUGGAGUCUGAGCUGCUCUGAUGGUGGUUACUCUGUGUGGCACAAUAACCAGGAAACAUCCAUCUCCUCCUCCCUCAUCAAGAGCAGAGUAGGGGUGUAUGUGGACUGUCCUGCUGGCACUCUGUCCUUCUACACAGUCUCCUCUGACACUCUGAUUCACCUCCACACCUUCAGGACCACAUUCACUGAACGUCUGUAUGCUGGGUUUAGACUAAGGUCAUAUGACUCCUCAGUGUCUCUGUGUUCUGUGUAAGAGUCUUUGGGAAAUGACCGCAGCUUCAGAUAAUGUUGAUGAUGCAUGAUGGUUCACUUGGGUUUCCACUUGAAUCACUCUUUGUGCUCCGUCAUCUUCUGUAUCGACGCUGGACGACCAGCUCAACACUGACCGCAUAUCUUAGAUCAGAGGAAAUUACCAGAAGUAGUCUUACCAUCACUAACAUCUAGCCAUCAAAAAGAAGAUGGUCAUUGUAAAAGCAUUCAUCUUCAGGAACUAAUAGUUAAAACACUAAUUUUAAAAUAAAUCAAAAAUAAAAAGCGGGCAAUAGAUAAUAAUAGAUGAAAUAAUAGAUGAAAACAUACCAUGAAUUUACAUACGACGUACCAAAAAAGCUGAGUGAAUCUUGAACUACAACAAAUUCUUCACCUAAACAGACACAUCAGUGACAUCAGUGAUGUGUCUGUUUAGGUGUCUGUUUGGUUUGGUGAGGGUUAGGCAUCAGAGUUACUUUUGACUGAAAAGUUAGUAAUUAAAAAUCAAUGAUUCAUCACUGACAGACACUAUUCUCAGAAGGCAAAAUUAUUCAAUACUGCUAGCUCACAUGAAAUAAUUCAUGUGUGCACUACUACAGACUUCACAACUGACUCUAACAUGACUCUGACAUUGUAACAUUAAAACAGUGUUAGGAGAUCUAUUUUUGUGAGACCAGGUUUUUUGUGCAUCAGCGCAGAUGUUUAUUAGAGGUACCUGCUUCCGUUAGAGAAAUGUGGGCCUGUUUUAAAGUCUGCCAUUGUGUUUCUACACUACCCGUUGUUGUGGAAGCCUUCAGCGGCCACAGCUGAGUCCACACAGCAUUGCCAUAAUGGCAACCAUCAUACAGAGGGAAGAUGUAUCCCAUUUAUCAUGCUUAUAUUAUUCACUCUCAUUUUUUUUCUCUUUGCUGCAGAGAUGUAACAGUGUGACAUGUGUCGCUAUCCAGCUUUUCUAUGACUGAAGUCAAAUUCAUUCGUUAAAAUCCAAAUAAGCACUUAACACUUAAAAUACAUAACCAACCCAAACUGAAUUAUACUAACCCUGUUUAAUAACCUCAUGAAUACAGGUCAUAAUUUAUUUACGGUACUAUUAAACAUAUAUAUCUAUGUUCGUUUGGUAAGGCAAUAACAUGAACUGUCAGUUAUGUUGAUCAUUUGUUUUUGUGAUAGUACGUUAUUUUGAAUUGUGUGAUUUCUUUUCCUUUCCAAAAGGAAUAUUAGUGUAUCCUCUUGUAAAGGAAGCAUCAAAGUACAGAUACCUUUGUGUUGGUCCACUCCCACUCUGUGAGUUGUCUUUAUUUAAGCAAUAAAGCAAUAAAUGCAGUUCUAUAUGAUUUAUGAAUGAUUUUGAAAAGUGCUUUAUUGUUUGUUUGUUAUGUUAAUUUUACUGUUAUAGACACUGUCCCUGUGUCCUCCAGGGUGUGAAUCGUAAAAUGUUUCAGGAGGACAGAGGACACUUGUAGGAGGAGCUAUAAUCAAGGACACUUAGAUGUACACUUUACAUAAUUUUUUUUAACCUUGAACACAUAAAAGAAGCAGCCAAACCCCGGCCAUGACGAGAGUGUUCCUUUGUUUUAUACGUUAUUCUCUCUCCUCACCCACAACUGGCUGCAGCAGAUGGCUGCCCCUCUGUGAGCCUGUGCUUGCUCAUAGAUUGUUGGCAUUUUAUCUGCAUUGUUGUAGGGUCUUUACCUUACAUUAUCAAGCACCUUGAGGCAGCUGUUGCUGUGAUCCGGUGCUAUAUAAAUAAAAGUGAACUGAAUUAAAUUGAAUUUUUAUUUUUGUCAUUUUACGUGAUCUGCCCUACAUUCUUUGUAUCUCAUUGUGAAAUUUUAAAAAUGCACAGCCUGUUGUUUUAAUCUAAAGUAGUUCCAUUAAAAUAUUGGACAUUUUCAUGCCUGUGAGACAUUAAUAAAGCAGUAGUGGGGUGGA